CUCUCUCUUUCUCUUUCUGCAUCUCAGAUGUUCAUUCAGGUUGCGAAGGAGGUUGGAGGGACCUGCAAUCUGGCCCCAAUCCAGCGCCUGGACCUGUUGCUGCGAGACUGGCAGCUCUCUGGAGCCUACGGCGCGGACGCGGGGCAGGAGUAUCUUGGAGAAAUCACACAGGACCUGGAGGUCUCUGCUGAGCAGCCCCUGGUGUUGGAAGCCCUGAGGGCAAGCGGCACCCGGUGCUCUCUAUUGCCCCACCCUGGCACUCAGUUCACCAGGAGCAGGGCAGGGACGCCAGAUGAGAAGAUGAGGGCAGUGGGGGGGGCGGGGCGUUAA